AUGUAUGCAACAACAAUAAACGAGAAGAAAGAGACAGAGAGAAAAAAAAGUGAAACUCAAAAGUCCAACGUCGCCUUCAUCAUCAACCUCAUAGCUCCGUCGCAGCCACCAUUACCACCACCGUCGCCGGAUGCAGUUUCAAUCUCUUUCCCCCCGGCCAGAGAGUUCCCCAUGGGAGAGAGUGUGAAGACCUCACAUGUUAUUGCUCUUGAUGUUCUUGUACUGCAAUGGUUUAGUGUAAACCCUAAGCAAUCAGAAGCAAAGCCCUUACACAUGCUUCUUGUCUCCUCAAGAGAUUCGAUGGCGAAAGAACCAAUUCAUUUUCCUUUCAGCUAUUUCUUCAUCAUAAAGUGGCAAUCUUUCGAUUGUAGCAGCAAACAGUUGAAUCUUUUCUUCUUGUUAUUGUUCUUUUGUUGUUCAUGGGUCUCCAUGGCCCAACCCACUAUUUCUCUUUCAUCAGACGGCCAAGCUCUUCUCUCUCUCAAGAGACAAUCACCACCGUCCUCUUCUUCAUCACUCUUCUCCUCAUGGGACCCACAAGACCAGACACCAUGUUCAUGGUAUGGCAUUACAUGUUCUGCAGACAACAGAGUGAUUUCUGUCUCUAUCCCCGACACUUUCCUUAACCUGUCUUCAAUCCCAGACCUCUCUUCUCUCUCCUCGCUUCAGUUCCUAAACCUCUCAUCCACAAACCUCUCUGGCAUAAUCCCUCCUUCUUUUGGGAAACUCACCCACCUCAGGCUUCUCGACCUUUCUUCAAACGCUCUCUCUGGUCCAAUCCCAUCAGAGCUUGGCCGCCUCUCUUCCCUCCAGUUUCUCAUUUUGAAUGCCAACAAGCUCUCUGGCUCAAUCCCUUCACAGAUUUCAAAUCUAUUAUCCUUGCAAGUUCUUUGUCUUCAGGACAAUCUGUUGAAUGGUUCGAUUCCUUCAAGUUUAGGCUCUUUGGUCUCUCUUCAGCAGUUCAGGCUUGGUGGUAACCCUAAUCUCGGAGGACCUAUCCCUGCACAGCUAGGGUUUCUGACGAAUUUGACAACUUUAGGGUUUGCAGCCAGUGGUUUGUCAGGUCAAAUCCCUUCCACAUUUGGGAACUUGGUAAAUUUGCAAACUUUGGCUCUGUAUGACACUGAGAUCUCUGGUACUAUCCCACCUCAACUGGGUCUGUGCUCAGAGCUCAGGAACUUGUAUCUGCACAUGAACAAGCUCACUGGAUCCAUCCCAAAGGAACUGGGUAAGCUCCAGAAGAUCACUAGCUUGCUCCUAUGGGGGAAUUCUUUAUCUGGGGUCAUCCCACCUGAGAUUUCCAAUUGUUCUUCCCUCGUGGUGUUUGAUGUUUCGGCCAACGAUCUAUCCGGUGAGAUUCCUGGAGAUUUGGGGAAGCUUGUUUGGUUGGAGCAGCUUCAGUUGUCUGAUAAUAUGUUCACGGGUCAGAUUCCUUGGGAACUAAGCAACUGUUCCAGUCUCAUUGCUCUACAGCUGGACAAGAACAAAUUAUCAGGUUCCAUACCCUCCCAAAUCGGAAACCUGAGGUCUCUGCAGAGCUUUUUCUUGUGGGAGAACUCUGUUUCAGGAACAAUUCCGUCUUCUUUUGGCAACUGCACGGACCUAAUCGCCCUGGACCUCUCAAGGAACAAGCUCACAGGCAGAAUCCCAGAAGAGCUCUUCAGUUUAAAGAGGCUCAGUAAACUUCUCCUUCUCGGAAACUCCUUAUCCGGUGGACUACCAAAGAGCGUAGCGAAAUGCCAAUCGCUUGUGAGGCUAAGACUCGGUGAGAACCAACUUUCAGGUCAGGUCCCUAAAGAGAUUGGCGAGUUACAGAACCUGGUGUUUCUUGAUCUCUACAUGAACCAUUUCUCUGGUGGCCUUCCUUACGAGAUCUCUAACAUCACUGUGCUUGAGCUCUUAGAUGUGCACAACAACUACAUCACCGGAGAUAUCCCUGCUCAGCUAGGGAACCUAGUGAAUCUUGAGCAGCUUGAUCUUAGCAGAAACAGCUUCACCGGAAACAUAUCUCUGAGUUUCGGCAACUUCAGUUACUUGAACAAGCUGAUCCUCAACAACAAUCUCCUCACUGGCCAAAUCCCUAAGUCAAUCAAGAAUCUGCAGAAGCUUACACUGCUUGAUCUAAGCUUCAACAGCUUAUCAGGCGAAAUCCCACAGGAACUCGGCCAAGUCACGAGCUUGACUAUAAAUCUGGAUUUGAGCUACAAUGCCUUCACGGGAGACAUCCCUGAAACCUUCUCAGGCCUCACGCAGCUGCAAUCGCUCGAUCUCUCACGCAAUAUGCUUCACGGUGACAUCAAAGUCCUCGGUUCACUCACGAGCUUAGCUACUCUCAACAUCUCCUGCAACAACUUCUCUGGUCCUAUCCCAGCUACACCGUUCUUCAAAACGAUCUCCGCAAGUUCUUAUCUCCAGAACACAAAUCUCUGUCACUCAAUCGACGGCAUCACUUGCUCAUCACGCACUGGUCCCAAAAACGGAGUCAGAUCCCCAAAGAUCGUAGCUUUAAUCGCUGUGAUCCUCGCUUCAAUCACCAUCGCCAUCCUCGCCGCUUGGCUUCUCGUCUUACGCAACAAUCACCGCUACGCAACUCAGAAAUCAGCGAUGAUGUCUUCUUCUUCUCAAUCAACAGCAGAGGAUUUCUCGUACCCAUGGACAUUCAUCCCGUUUCAGAAACUUGGAAUUAGUGUCAACAACAUCGUGAAUUGCCUAAUCGACGAGAACGUGGUCGGAAAAGGCUGUUCGGGAAUCGUCUACAGAGCGGAAAUGCCGAACGGAGAGACCAUUGCGGUGAAGAAGCUCUGGAGAACUAAAGAUAACGACGGAGGGGGAGGAGAACACACGGCGAUCGAUUCUUUCUCGGCGGAGAUCCAGAUCUUGGGUAACAUCAGGCACAGGAACAUCGUGAAGCUUUUGGAAUACGGAUACACGAUGAACAUAACAGAGAAGAGUGACGUGUACAGCUACGGCGUCGUUUUGCUAGAGAUUCUGAGUGGCCGGAGCGCCGUGGAGCCACAGAUCGGCGACGGGCUUCACAUAGUGGAAUGGGUGAAGAAGAAGAUGGGAAGCUUCGAACCAGCUUUAUCUGUGCUUGACGUGAAACUCCAAGGGUUACCAGAUCAGAUUGUUCAAGAAAUGCUUCAGACACUUGGGAUCGCGAUGUUCUGUGUGAAUCCGUCACCUGUGGAGAGACCGACGAUGAAGGAAGUUGUGGCUUUGUUAAUGGAGGUUAAAUGUAGUCCCGAGGAAUGGGGAAAAACAUCGCAGCCUCUUAUAAAGCCUUCUUCAUAA